UCAGUUAGGUCAUUCAUUUCCAAACUCAAACCGAACCCAACUCUUCCUCUCUUUUUCUUCAUCUACCUCAAUCUCUUCUAGGGUUACUGGUAAAUCAGUUGACCUAAUACUCAAGAAUAGGCUGGCAUCCUUCACGUACUGCAAUCCAGGAAUGACAAAGGUUUAUCCUAACGCCACCGUCACCUUACCAACCACCACCACCACCAAGUGCCCGGCGUCGGACGGAAAGGAGGCCGUCCUCACUGUCUGGAAGAAAUCUCUACUCUUUAACUGUAAUGGAUUCACCGUUUAUGACGGCAAGGGCGACCUGGUUUUUAGAGUUGAUAACUACAUGCAAGGCCAUAAGGUUGAGAUCCUCCUCAUGGACGCCGCCGGCAAGCCUCUUCUCACCAUCCGCCGUAAGAGGUUGAGCCUUGGGGACAACUGGCUGGUGUACGACGGAGAAACGGACGUUAAUCCGCGUUUUUCCGUGAGGAAGAACGUGAAUCUCCUCAACAACAAGUGCUUGGCUCACGUGUGUCGUAUUAGUUAUGAUCAUAACGGAACGGGAUCAUCUUCGUCGUCCAACAACAACAACAACAACAACAAGAACGUGAUCUAUCAAAUAGAGGGAUCGUACACCCAACGAUCCUGCUCCGUGUACGACGGAAAGAGGAGGCGAGUAGCGGAGAUAAAGAAAAAAGAAGCAGUAGGAGGAGUGGCCUUUGGCGUCGAUGUAUUCCGUCUGAUUGUACAGCCGGAAAUCGAUACGCCAUUUGCCAUGGCCCUCGUUAUUCUCCUGGAUCAGAUGUUCGGUUCUUCCCGACGCUUUUCCUCAUAAUUUUUUUUCUUUUUACAACUCUAGCUAAUCAUUUUCCUAAACUAAAUAGUAUAUAUAUAUAAAAUAUAUACAUAUAUAUCAGCUUUUUUUUUUCCUUUGA